CAAAAAGGUUUCCCCCCUCUGGCUUCCGCUCGCCCAUUUGUCUCGUCUCGCUCUCAAGCUCGCGUCACCGGAGCUCUCCAGAAGCAAGCCCGAGGGCGAGCGAUUCGAUCCCCUCCACGUCCGCGUCAACGCCGCCAAGGAUUCUCUAUCUGUGAUGGACCUUACUGUCCCGUUGAUUCCGUAACAAGUAUACUAUGAGGAUCAUUCUGCUGCGGAAUAGUUGAGAAAUUGAGAAAUGGCUGAAGAGGAUGUCCAACCCCUUGUGUGUGACAAUGGCACUGGAAUGGUCAAGGCGGGUUUCGCUGGUGACGAUGCGCCAAGAGCUGUAUUUCCUAGCAUUGUAGGCAGGCCACGCCACACUGGUGUCAUGGUUGGCAUGGGCCAAAAGGAUGCUUAUGUGGGCGACGAAGCUCAGUCCAAAAGAGGUAUCCUGACAUUGAAGUACCCAAUCGAGCAUGGGAUUGUCAGUAACUGGGAUGAUAUGGAGAAGAUCUGGCACCACACCUUCUACAACGAGCUUCGUGUGGCACCUGAGGAGCAUCCUAUACUGCUGACUGAGGCCCCUCUCAACCCCAAGGCAAACAGAGAGAAGAUGACCCAGAUCAUGUUCGAGACAUUCAACUGCCCGGCGAUGUAUGUGGCCAUCCAGGCCGUUCUUUCCCUGUAUGCCAGUGGUCGGACAACCGGUAUUGUGCUUGAUUCUGGUGAUGGUGUGAGCCACACCGUCCCAAUCUACGAAGGGUACACGCUUCCUCACGCUAUUCUUCGAUUGGAUCUUGCCGGCCGUGACCUUACCGACAACCUCAUGAAGAUCCUUACUGAGAGGGGUUACUCCUUCACCACAACCGCCGAGCGAGAAAUUGUCAGGGACAUCAAGGAAAAGCUUGCCUAUGUUGCUCUUGAUUAUGAGCAGGAGUUGGACACCGCCAGGACUAGCUCCGCAGUUGAAAAGAGCUACGAGCUGCCCGAUGGCCAGGUCAUUACAAUCGGCGCUGAGAGGUUCAGGUGCCCUGAGGUGCUCUUCCAGCCAUCCCUCAUUGGCAUGGAAGCUCCUGGCAUCCAUGAAGCUACGUACAACUCCAUCAUGAAGUGUGAUGUCGAUAUCAGGAAGGAUCUGUACGGUAAUGUUGUCCUCAGUGGUGGCUCUACGAUGUUCCCUGGUAUCGGCGACCGCAUGAGCAAGGAGAUCACUGCGCUUGCCCCGAGCAGCAUGAAGGUGAAGGUGGUUGCGCCGCCGGAGAGAAAGUACAGUGUCUGGAUUGGUGGCUCCAUUCUGGCCUCUCUCAGUACCUUCCAGCAGAUGUGGAUCUCCAAGGCAGAGUACGAUGAAUCCGGUCCAACCAUUGUUCACAUGAAGUGCUUCUGAGUUUCUGGGCUUGUAAUCUGUGGCUGUAUUUCGAGUUGGUUGAGAUGCAAAACUGCAUAUGCAUGAAUGCCCCAUGGUUUCUGUGGCAUCAUGAUUCUUUCUGAGUCAUUGAAAGGCUGUUGGCCAUGGAGCAUUGUGAAAGGUGAUAGAGUCGAUUGAUGUACUUGAAGAAUUCUAGUGAGCAGUCUAGGUUGUCAAGUCAGUUUUAGUUUCUCCUACAACAGCAUUGCAUCAGGGAUUCCUAAUGUAUGCAGUGGAUCGUUGGCUUCUACCAGGUCAGCUCAUGCUUGUGCUGGGGACAGAGUUUGCAUUUGUGGCCAGCGCCCCGGUGCGGGUGUUGAUGUUUCUACCAUUAGUUGGAUUUUUUUUACUAAGAUACUACAUUUCUUAUUGUGUGCA